AUGGCAAAAACUUACGAUUAUUUAUUUAAAUUACUCUUAAUAGGUGAUUCCGGUGUGGGAAAAACAUCUAUCUUGUUUCGAUUUUCAGAAGAUGCAUUCAACAUUUCAUUUAUAUCAACUAUUGGUAUUGACUUUAAGAUACGAACAAUAGAUUUAGAUGGCAAAAAAGUUAAGUUACAGAUAUGGGAUACAGCUGGUCAGGAAAGGUUCCGUACCAUCACAACCGCAUAUUAUCGAGGAUCUAUGGGGAUAAUGCUAGUGUAUGAUGUGACAAAUGAAAAGAGUUUUGAAAAUAUUAAGAACUGGAUAAGAAACAUUGAGGAAAAUGCAAGUGCUGAUGUUGAAAAAAUGAUUCUUGGCAAUAAAUGUGAUUUGGAUUCAAAAAGACAGGUGUCAAAAGAACGAGGUGAACAAUUAGCAGUAGAAUAUCAAAUUAAAUUUAUAGAAACAUCUGCAAAGGAUUCGGUAAAUGUUGAAAAUGCUUUCUAUACAUUAGCAAGAGAUAUAAAAGCUAAAAUGGAGAAAAAACAGGAGGCGAGUAACCCGCCAGGGGCACGCGGAGGCACUCACCAGCUGAAAGCAACGGACCAACAGCGCAAGCCCACUUCUUGGUUGUCUCGCUGUUCCAUCCUUUGA